GAUGAUUCUCACUGAAAGCGCAGUCUGACUUGAUUUAACGACCAAAUUUGAGACGAGGGUGGCACAAAUUGCGGCUAACCAAAUGGCGGCGGCGAAAGGGGCGGCGUUCGCUUCUGCUCCACAAUUCUCUGCCGGAGGAUCAUCAUCCUCAUCCGCUUCCACUUACUCCGGCGCUUCCCAUUCUCUGCACUUCCCGCAAUUAAACCCUCUCAAUUUCAAACCUUCACGAACCUUCUCAAUCCGCGCGUCUGCUUCUUCUGCUUCAGAUGACUCUGCGGUGACAUUGCUUGAUUACGGAGCGGGAAAUGUGCGCAGUCUCAGAAAUGCAAUUCGCUUUCUUGGAUGCGAAAUCAAAGAUGUACAAUCGCCAGAAGAUAUUCUGAAUGCCAAACGUCUUAUUUUCCCUGGUGUAGGUGCAUUUGCACCUGCCAUGGAUGUUCUUAACAAGAAGGGGCUGGCUGAAGCGCUCUGUGCUUACAUUGAACAAGAUCGCCCUUUUCUAGGCAUUUGUCUUGGGUUGCAACUGCUUUUUGAGUCAAGUGAGGAAAAUGGACCAGUAAAAGGCCUCGGUUUGAUUCCUGGGGUGGUUGGACGUUUCGACUCAUCAAAUGGUUGCAGAGUACCUCAUAUUGGCUGGAAUGCCAUCAAAGUGAAAAAAGAAUCCCAGAUUCUGGAUGAUAUUGGAAGCCAGCAUGUCUAUUUUGUUCAUUCUUAUCGUGCAAUCCCGUCAGAUGAUAACAAAGAAUGGGUGUCUUCUGUCUGUAAUUAUGGGAAUGAGUUUAUAGCUUCUGUAAGAAGGGGAAAUGUCCAUGCAGUUCAGUUUCACCCAGAGAAGAGCGGUGAAGUUGGGCUUUCUGUUCUGAGAAGGUUUUUGUACCCCAAGUCCGAAAAUGCAAAGGUGCCAGUCAAAGGAAAGGCGUCUAAACUUGCAAAGAGGGUCAUCGCCUGUCUUGAUGUGAGGGCUAAUGACAAAGGUGAUCUAGUUGUAACUAAGGGGGAUCAAUACGAUGUAAGAGAGCAAACCGAGGAAAAUGAGGUGAGAAAUCUCGGCAAGCCAGUUGAACUUGCUGGACAAUAUUACAAAGAUGGCGCUGAUGAGGUCAGCUUUUUGAAUAUUACUGGCUACCGUGACUUCCCUCUAGGCGAUUUACCAAUGCUGCAGGUACUGCAAUAUGCUUCAGAGAAUAUCUUUGUGCCACUCACAGUUGGAGGCGGUAUUCGAGACUUUACUGAUGGAAAUGGCAGGUACUACUCGAGUUUGGAAGUUGCUGCGGAGUAUUUUCGAUCGGGUGCCGACAAGGUUUCUAUUGGAAGCGAUGCGGUUUAUGCUGCAGAGGAGUACUUAAAAACCAAAGUGAAAACUGGAAAGAGCAGCCUAGAACAAAUCUCCAGAGUUUAUGGAAACCAGGCUGUGGUUGUAAGCAUCGACCCUCGUCGGGUAUACUUGAAGGACCCCAAUGAUGUAGAACUCAAGUCAGUGAGAGUUUCAAAACCAGGUCCUAAUGGCGAGGAAUUUGCAUGGUACCAAUGCACAGUGAAUGGUGGGCGAGAAGGUCGACCAAUUGGAGCAUACGAGCUUGCUAAAGCUGUGGAAGAACUUGGGGCUGGAGAAAUACUCCUAAACUGCAUCGACUGUGAUGGUCAAGGGAAAGGAUUUGAUAUAGACCUGAUUAACCUGAUAUCAGAUGCUGUCAGCAUUCCUGUGAUAGCAAGUAGCGGUGCUGGUUCCGCUGAACAUUUUUCCGAAGUUUUCGCCAAAACAAACGCAUCUGCUGCACUUGCUGCUGGUAUUUUUCACCGUAAAGAGGUGCCUAUUCAAUCUGUGAAAGAGCACUUGCUAAAAGAAGGCGUGGAAGUUAGGUUGUCAUAGUUGUGAAAUUUAACCCGUUCGAGAUAGAUAUAAUCAGUGUCUCAAGGUACUACUGUUUUCAUUUUCCGCAGACAACUUUGUCUUGAUUUGAUUUCUUUGGUUGACUUCAUUUUUGUUUUCGACCAUAUCUUUAUACAUACCAAUGUAUGAUGUAUUAUUUCUACAUUUAUAUGCUCCAUUAUGAGUGCACUUCGGAAAGUUUCCGGUUGUAGAUGUUCAUGUGAUGCGACUUUAUUCCUGUAAACUCUCGACUUUCCUUAUUCUUAUCAAUAAAUUAAAAACAGUUUUUUUUUUUUU